AUGGCUCCCAAGAAGGCUCCCGCCGUCGAGAAGACCACCACCUCCCUUGGCCCCAACGUCAAGGAGGGCGAGCUCGUCUUCGGUGCGUCCCGCCGCGAGCUUGAGGAGGCGAGGACGUCUGGCCGUGCUGACCCCUUCGCCUCAUUCAACGACACCUUCGUCCACGUCACCGACAUGUCGGGCAAGGAGACCAUCGCCCGUGUCACCGGUGGCAUGAAGGUCAAGGCUGACCGUGACGAGUCGUCGCCCUACGCUGCCAUGCUUGCGGCCCAGGACGUUGCCACCAAGUGCAAGGAGGUUGGCAUCACCGCCCUCCACAUCAAGAUCCGCGCCACCGGUGGUGUCGGCACGAAGACCCCUGGCCCCGGUGCCCAGUCGGCUCUCCGUGCGCUCGCCCGCGCUGGCAUGCGCAUCGGUCGCAUCGAGGACGUCACCCCUGUCCCCACCGACUCGACCCGUCGCAAGGGCGGUCGCCGUGGUCGUCGUCUCUAA